AACAUCACUGAGCACCUUUUACUAGGAGCAGCAGAUACCAGACACCUCGCUUUCUGUCUUAACACACACACCCCAGCACCCACCACAGCCCAUUUACCAGCUUCCCUCUUCCCUCCUAAGACCCAGAGGCUGCCCAAGUCCUGUGCUGCUCAUCUUAGGCUUCUCAGACUCCCAACUUCUCCCACUUGUGCCUCAAUUUCCUCAUUUACAAAAUGGAGGGUUGAUAACAACCCCAGGCUAUUGAGAGGCUGGAAAAAGUUAAUUCCUCUACAAGUCUCAGGCCAGUGCCUGGCACAUAAGUUCUCUACAAGAACUCUCAAUAUUUUUAUUGUCAAACACAGUACUGACAGGAACCCCGCCCACCUGCACAAGCCACACUAAUAAAUUUCAUGAGAACCGCACGCGCUUUCCAGGCUUGCUGCCAUCUGCUCACAGCCUGCAGUGGGAGUCCAGGGAGACACGUCAUCGGGUGCUUGCCCCCCUCUCCAAGGGCCCCCAGAGGCUUUGUCUUCUGCACUUGGUUGCCUGAACUCAACACCAUGAGGCCCUCUGGGCCCAGCUUGUGACCUGGGGGCCAGGACAGAGGGGAGACUGGGAGACAGCCAGUAGUUUCUGUCCUGUUUCAAGACUUAAGUCUUCAGACUUCUCAGCCAUGUUCUGAGUUCUCUAAUGUUCUUCCAGUAUAUUUUAUUUUACUACUUAGGGUGACUGAUUAUAGUUUCUAUUGCUUGCAACCAAAGAACCCAGCUGACACAAGCAGCCACUCUUGUGCCAGACUCAAGCAAAAUUUCAUUUAAUCUUCAGAACCUCUUACAGGACCCAUAAUUGACCCCAUUUUGCUGAUGUUAGAGCCAGGAUUCAAACAAGGCCAUAGAAGUUCCUUGCUCUCACCACUAAGUUCCUUAUAAGCGAUGCCUGAUUUCUGAUCCUUACUCAGAGUGACAGCUGAGAAACAAAAGCCUGAAGUCACAGAUUUGCCUGUGGGGAGCUCAGAGCUUGGAGGGGGUGAGGUCAAACCAUGAGGUCACAAUGUGGCUUCCCCAAGAGGGCAAAGGCAGAGGGACCCCUGGGGCCAGAUGGCUGGGCAGAGAGACAGCAUGGCUUGUGGCCCCUAAUGGUGACCACCCCUACCAUGGGAAACAAUAGCUCCCACAAGAAGACCAGACUGCCCAAGCAGCCCCUCAAAGAGAGGCUGCCCAACAUGGACAAGGCCCAACCCAAAAUGCAGUUUUUCAGCAACCUCAAGCAGAAGCAGCCCAGAGUGAGUGCGGGGGCCCAAAGGAAGGUGGGGGUCAGGGUGACCCAAGCAGGAGACCCUGAGUCCAGGGGUUUUGGGAAUACGCCUUAGGAGGAUGAAGGGGGUAAAGGCCUCCUCUCCCAGGGGACCCCUCUGCCUCUGCCCUGCCCAGGGGUGCCCCAUGUGACAGCAUGGUUUGGCCUCUCCAUCUCCAGGAAUCCACCCAGAAACAGAGAUGAGUGAAAUGAGAACGCAGGAGGGUGGGACAGAUGGGGCAUUGGCCCUAAUUGGUGCCACUGGCCUUAUUCCCCCUUUCCACGCCCUGGGCAGGGGUCCCAGACCAUGAUUGGCGGGGGACCCCGAGGGGUGGUGACGGCCCCAGGGUCAAGGAUGGAAGGCUGACAGAGAUGCCUGAAAUGUGAACAGACUGAGGUUCCAGGAGGUCAGCUUGGGUGGGUGCGGGUUUCCAGAGGAGGGACAGGGGUCCCGAACCACAGGUCAAGGUGGCACGGCUGAAAAAGAGGGCAUUACUGGGACAGAAAAGGGGUGGCUGGGGGACCCCGAGAGGUAGGUGGGGCACGCUCGUGCUCUCACACGCCCCCCACAAUCCGCUUCCCACUCUCAGGCCAAGGUAGUGCUGCUUUUCCCCCGGGGGAAAGCCGAGGUGUCGGCGGGCUCCGGCGCUCAGCAGCCCGAAGGGAGGGGAGAAGAUGAGGCGGACACCCCCACCCCGGAGUGCUCCCAGGCGGUGGCGCCCAUGCUGCGGGGAGCCGGCGACGGCUCGGGACGGCGCGACAGCGCGCGCGCGCGCGAGAUGAGGAAGAUCCUGGUCCUGCUGCUGCUGCUGGACGCGCCCGAGGAGGAGCGCCCCGCGGGGGGCGCAGCCAAGGGCGUGCGCGGCUGGCAGCGGCUCUACGCGCGCCUGCUGAACCUGGGGUCCGCUGACCCCGGGGAGCAGCCGCGCAAAAGGCGCCGCCCCCCUCGCGCAAAGCACUGAGCUCCCCACCCAGCCCCCGGUUCUGAGGCCGGCCCGAUAGAGUGCACAGCAACCCUGGCACCUGCUGGCAGGCUGAGCCAUCUGCCAUCGGCGGGGGUGAGUCGGGGGAAGCCGAUACCCCGCACAAGACUGGAAUAAACUCAACUACUGAAGGCUGCCUGAAGCCAACGCUGUUUUCCCCCUUCCUCCCCGUUACCUAAAAGUCUGAAACCCUGCCCAAAGCUGGGGAGAGGGCGCACCCCCACCUCCUAGGGGAGGUGAGUUUGGGCGAAUCCAGGCCCAGCCACUCUAGGAAGGGCCUGCUUCCAGAAGCAUCUGGCAUUUCCAAGAGUCGCCAGGAUUCACAAAUCGUUCUCAGAGUGGGGGAGGGUGCCCCUGACAAACACCCAGAAGGAUCAGCAGGGUGGGCCUCUGACUCAUUCUGCCUGUGAGAGCCACCCCGGAAGAGGCAGGGGCCCCUGGACCUCUGACCCCUCACUCCUACCCCACUCUUGGUAACCCCCAAGAUACUCAGUCACUCACCUCCAGCCUACCCUGUCCCAUCCCUUUCUCCACGUUGCAGUCAAAGGUUUCUUCCAAACCACUCACCUGUCUCACCUGUGUGCCCAGAAGCACACACUGGUUCUCCGUUGCUCCGAGGGGAGCGAGAAAACCAGUUAGGGGUGUGCAGGCCCUUCCUGCCUUCCUCGCUAGGGCUCUCCCCCUUCACUCCUGCGGGGACCAUACUGCCACUAGUGGUCUCCAGCUGAAGCUCACUCCCCAUCACCUUGAGAGCCCCGCACAUUUUCUGUGGACAGACCCCUGUUGCUGCUUUCACUCUCCCGAGGCCCAACUGGUACUACCCCAACUCUCCAGACCUGCAGCCCGCCUUCCACUGGUGACCGGCCCGAAAUGUGCCCUGAGGGGGCAGAUUCAGCAGAAGUGACUACAAUUAAGGCUGAAUGAAGAUGGACUUUCUCAGUGUCCACACCAUCAACGUUCUCUCCACCUGGUAAUAAAACCCCUUCUUGGACUUAGAGCUCACUGGAUCUUCCUCCUGCAACAGAAUGAGACUCUGCAGAGACAAGAAGCGGCCGUUUCCCUGAGUUGAGGCUUAUUACUACUUGGUGGAGGAAGAAGCCGAGCUCGGGGAGAUUUGGACUUGCAUGGGGGCGCACUGUGCGCCAGCUUGGUGACUGUCACAAACUCAGGCCCCCUCGACCACACGGAGCCCUGUAAGGCCCGGAUACAGCUGCUUGGGAGCCCUGGGCCGCGCAGUCACAGGUCCUCCGGAUGCAGCUUUCUCUCCACCAGAGAGGGGAGGGGUCGCACAGCUGACCAGAGUAUGUCAGAUAGUCCCGGGUGAUCUGGGGAAGAAGUCAGAUUGGUUGUGCUGGGUGCCCCGGGUGCCCAUUCUCAGCUUUGGCCGACAGCACGGGUCCGGGGCAACCUCCGCGGAGAGGGCUGCGGAAGCAUAGCAGGUUCUUAGGCCUGAGGUCACAAUGAGCCCAAGUUCUCUCCUUUCUUUCUCCGACCACCCCUCCCACCUCCGCAGAUGACACUGCCACGGGGUCUCUUCAUCCCCAGAGAGCUGCGCUCCAGUUGCCUCCCGGUAUCCGAAAGAAUUCAGCCCGCCGCUGACCACCCACCGAUACAAGGCUGAGGAGUGGAGCGCACCCAGAGGCGAGUCCUCAGGAAGGGGCGGUGGGGGUGCUGGAAGCCUGGACGCGAGUUGGCCUGCGGAGGGGCCCAGGUGAGCCCACCUGCCUUCGGAGGAGCGGCGGGGCCUCACACCUGGGGCGGAGUCAGAAACUGAAAAAAGACUGGUCGGGACCGGCGACUGCCCAGAACGCCGUCCCCGGGUGCGGACAGCAGAGGCCCGGCCUCUGGUCCGGUGAGCCUUUGGCCAGAAGGCGGCGCCCGGCCCGGAAAGUGGCGUCGGCCGUGGGGAGCCGCCGCAUGGUGCCGCCGCCCUUAACGGGUCACAUCGCGGUGGUGGUGGACCAGGGUUCCGGCUUCACCAAAGCGGGCUUCGCUGGCGAGCACCAGCCGCGCCUGGUGCUGAAGAGUUCCAGCCUGGUGCCCAGCGGGGACCGGCCGGUGCUGCCCGGCACGCCAGGCUGCGAGCUAGCCCGCGGCGUGGCGCGGGCGCACCCCAUCAAGCACGGCGUGGUGGUGGACUGGGAGGCGCUGGAGGGCCUGUGGGAGCGCCUGCUGGUGGGGGGCCUGCGGGUGUGCCCAGAGCAGUGCCCUGUGCUGGUGAGCCACUCGCCGUCGGCGCCGCCCGCGGGCCGCGAGAGGACAGCCGAGCUGCUGUUCGAGGCGCUGGCAGUGCCAGCGUGCCACAUGGCCAGCACCGCCUUGCUGGCGCUCUGCUCCACCGGCGCCUGCAGUGGGCUGGCGGUAGAGGCGGGCGCCGGCGUGUGCCACGCCACGCCCAUUUAUGCAGGCCACUCGUGGCGCCAGGCCACCUACCGGCUGAACGUGGCAGGCAGCGCCCUGUCGCGUUACCUGAGGGACCUGCUGGCGGCAGCGUGCCCCAACCUGCAGCCGCAGACCCUGCCCCGCAAAGCCAUCACACAGCUCAAGAAGCGCAUCUGUUAUGUGUCACUGGACUUUGAGGGAGACCUGCGGAACCCCGCCCGCCACCAUCCCGCCAGUUUCUGCUUAGACGAUGGGUGUUCCCUCUGCCUCCGUAGCGAGCGCUUCCGCUGUCCAGAACCCAUCUUCCAGCCCUGCCUGCUAGGCCAGCCUGAGCCGGGGCUGCCCACACUGGCCUUCCAAGCACUGCAGAGAGUGCCCGCAACACUGCGGAGACGCCUGGCCGACACAGUCGUGCUGGCCGGCGGCUCCACGCUUUUCCCUGGCUUCACCGAGCGCCUGGAGAUAGAGCUUGAGGCCCAGUGCCGGAGGCAUGGCUAUGGGGCGCUACGGCCACGCCUGGUGGCCACACCUGGGCGUGGCACAGCAGUGUGGACAGGCGGCUCCAUGAUGGCCUCCUUGAGCUCCUUUCAGUGCCACUGGAUGACCCGGGCCAUGUACCAGGAGUGUGGCUCCAGGGUGGUGCAUGAAGUGUUCAACUGAGUCCUGCUGGACUGGAGGGGCUGGUGCCACAGGUGGCCAGAAGCAGAGGUCCAGUGGACCGAGCUGCAACUAUGAGAGGCAUCAAGUGCCAGAUAAAAGUCUCAGGUGACUGGAACUGGCAGCAUCAUGUGGUGAUGGGUCCCCCCAGCCCUUUUCUCAGCCAGGGGCACUGGAGGGAGGGGUAAAGGGGAGAUUCCCAGGGACCCUGAAUUUGCCCUGAGGAGUUUGGAAACCCCCCUCAACCAGUGCCUGUGGAGAGAACGACAGUCCAGCUGUCCACCCCUAGGGUCCUGUUUUCAUGGCAACAAGGAAAGUGAUUCCCCACUUGUGUCCAGAUUAUAGGUACAGCAGUCCUCACAGCACGCCAUGCCCUCCUCGUGUGCUGUUUGGAUAUCCACCCCAUGCCAAACCCCAGGGGCGGACCCUCCGAACAGUACUAAAUCCCACAUGAAAACAACCAGAAGGGAACUCCCUUGUCCCCAUCUGCUCAGUUGACCAUUAACUUGAUGAGGACUUCAAUUUCUCCCCUUAUGUAAAAAGUGGGUCAGGCACAAUCAGUGCCACUCCCCUGCCCCCUUAUUAAAAGUUGGGGACAAAGAGAGGAGACGGCUCUGAGCAGGAGCACACAGGGAAGGAGAGCUUGUGCUCUCUUUGAGCCUACCACCCAAUCACUUGGGCCCUGUUUAUGCGUGUACAUGUGCCCUCCACACCUGCUCACAGACACAAGAGUGCACGCAUGCCCCCCUGCUCACACAUGCCCUCAGGCCAGGUCCUGCCCCAACAGGCUCCACACACCAGCACGCAAGCACAGGACUGUGGAUGUGUGAGCACAACCCACUCCAGGCCAUGGCUGCUGGGUUCUGGACUUUGAUAGCUCACAACAGGUCUGGCCAAUAACAAAAACAGUGGCAUGAUCAGCUCCAGGUAUCAGGCAUCUACUAGGUGCCAGGCACAGUUCUAGAUGCUGAGAAUAGAGAACAAGACAGACAAAAAUCCCCGCCUUCGUUCUCAUUUGACUGUCACAACAAAUGUAAGGAGACAGGCUCUACUAUUACCUCCAGUUUACAGUGUAGGAAAGUAAGGCUCAAAGAGGCAGCCGGAAAGUGGGAAAGUCCAGGUUUGAGCCCAGGUAUCUAAUGCCAGAGCCCUGAGCCAGAUGGUGGAGGCCACAGCACAGCGGCCACCCCUGCCCUUCGCUCUGGCCC